AUGGAGGGCGCUGUCAUACUGUACUGGGGGUUUGCCCUGCUGGUGGCGAUCAUGAAAUCACAGGUUUCAGCAACAUCUGUCAGCCUUGCUGUAGGAAAACCGUCAAGUCAGCCCAACCUAUGGAGUAACCGAGCAGACUGGGACGCGGACAAGGGUAACGAUGGUAACCGAGACAGCAACAUCUACAACAACCACUGUUUUCAUACUCAGUCGAUGUGGGAGCCUUGGUGGAUGGUCGACCUUCAAGCGGUGUAUUACAUAACACGGGUAGACAUGUACAACAGAGUCGAUUGUUGCAUUGACAGAGCCCGCAACGUGGAGAUAGCAACAGCGAUAACAAACGGUGCAUGGUCUAGGUCUGCUUACCAUAGUGGCACUAUCGGCAGCUCAGCGUCACUUUCAAUCAACAACGUCCAAGCUCGUUACGUUAAGCUCACAUUAAAAAGCGUUACUGAAUAUCUACAACUGUGUGAAGUGGAGGUCUAUGGAUACAGCGGUAAGCAGAAUGUUUUACUAUAG